CUUACUGUUAACAAGACUUGCUCCUGUCACCCUUGUCGUCCCCAAAAGUCCCCGGCCAAUAAAUUUCCUCAUUCUCACAUAUCCUUUCAUUCAAAUCUCUUCCCCGACAUUCAUUUCCCAUGCCCUCCUCCAUCCUCGUCAAGAGCAGGCAGAGAGAGUCCCUUGACGACGAAAAUUGCUUUGAACUUCCUUAUGUAGUUUGAAGUUUGAGGAUCGAUGAAUUCCGUCAUUGGAGCUUUCCAGCAGUGACGACGACGCUGUCUUCCUAGAGGCUCUGAUGAUUUUGGCGGUCCAAUUUGCUAUUUCAACAAUAUAGGAAGGAAGACUAAUUCCAUAGAAAGUUAGGAGGUGGACUUGGUUAGCGGAACGAAGUACAAUGGAGAAUAGGUAUGCUUCUUUUGACAGCGGUAGGAGCCCAAGCAAGUAUGGUGCGGGAUCGAGGCUUAUUGAGAAUAGCAGGAACAAGGAAGAUGCAGGUUAUGCCGCUAACAACAGGAGGAUGUUGAAUGAUUCCAUCAAUGAUCGGUUUGGUGGAGAUAACGAGGAGACCACCCUACACCGCUAUGAACCUGUCAAACAUUUCACUGCCAGGAGAGGCUUCCAAGAGGCCUACCCUCGGUGGAAUGAUCCCACUAGGCUUUUGAAUGUGAGAUCAUCCAGAGCUGGGAAUGAUCGGUUGGAAGAGUGGGAGCAACGUUUCCAAGCAUUUUCCAUAAACCCAGCGGAACCUCGUCAUGGAGCUCCUCCAUUUUACGGCUAUGGCCAGCCCACAGCGAGCCGUCAUGAGGCAUAUGGGCCUGAUGAAGUUGAAAACUUGGAAAUGGAUCGAGCAGAGCUUCUGAGGAAGUUGGAGGAGUUGAAUUAUCAGAUCAGCAGAUCUAAGGAGCCAGAGCAAAGGCUUCCCAUUAACAGGAAUAUGGUUCCCAGUGUUCGUCACAAUGCCCGUUCGCCGCACUAUAAUUGGCCUGCUGCAUAUCCUGGUUGUUACAACAUGGGAGUAUCGAACAUUUCAAGUCUUCCCGGCAACUUCCAGGACACAUUUGGUCCACAAUUAGCCGGAACAUCCAGCAGAUACGUACAUAAUUCAUCAAAUAGAGCCUUCCUCAAAGAGAAUAUGGAAUUUAUCGACCCUGAACUGUUUGAGUCAUAUCCUCGAGAUCCAUUUCCUCCCCAGCCACCAAGCUCAAGGAUGAUCGUGGAAGAGAGGUUUGAUUUGCAGUUCCAGCAUCGCAUCAGUCCAGCUCAGGUGAGGCCAAAAGUUGCACAUCAGGUGGAUCCCGAUUCUUCCAGGUUCCUUUCACAAGAUCAAUCACAGCCCCGAGAAAGAUGGUCAGUUAACAGAGAUUCAGACAACUCUGGCAGUCUUAGUCUGGCGUCCUCAAAAAUGGCCUUGGCCUCAAUCAAGAGCAGAAAGCACCGGCCUGCACUAGCAGGUGGUGCGCCAUUUUUAAUUUGCUCUAAUUGCUUCAGUCUCCUAAAGUUGCCUCGAAGGUUGAGAAUAAAAGAGAAGGGCACAGAGAAAACUUGCUGUGGUUCGUGUUCAGCUGUGAUCUAUAUCAAGCUACAGGAGAAGAGGCUGAUUACUCGUAUUAUUGAAGACUCACCAGAUAAGGCUAGUAAUGAAGGUCCAUCGUCUAAGUUUUUGAAUAAAGGAGGGAGUGACCGAAGUUCAUCUCCCAGGCUUAUCGAUUCUGGCAGCAUGACUUCUUAUAAUGACCCUGAACAGAACAUCUCAUCGAUAUCUGAAGAAACUGCAUUUUCAAGGGAAGAAGUAUAUGUGGGUCGAAAUGAGAAGCCAGCAGGCUUUAAUUCUUCCUUUUCUCCUCCUUUGGAAGAUCACGAAGGGGCUAAAGAAGAGGAAAAUGGGAACCUGAAAGAUUUGAUCAUACAGAAUGCUGAUCACACUUCUCCAAUUCUACCAGCUUCGCCUCUCCAAAAUAGUCCUCAGAAUUCCACUUCUAUGAUUGUACAUCAGACUCAACAGGAGAAUGAAAAGAGUAGCGAUGAUUCCAACCAAGAGAAGGCCUUUCUCCGGAAGAUCGAUUCACCUCACAAGUCCUACAAGGAUAAUUCUGAGAUCACUGAAGUAGAAGUUUCUGCAAGUGAAUACCCCAUCACGAGCUUGUCUCAGGACUCCAUCGACACAAGCAGAGAAGAAGACCAACCUAAAAACAAGAAAGGAGGGGGAAGAUCCUUCUUCAAGGGCCUCCUGAACAGAAGUGUCAGAGAGCAACCGAGGCCUGAACCGAGCUUCAAAAAUGAGAGACCCGAGGUUACUAUUAAUGGCCAUCCUAUACCCGACAGCUUCGUUAAGCAGGUCGAAGUUCGUGCUGGCCCGAUUUGUCCAGGAGAUUACUGGUAUGAUUACCAUUCCGGUUUUUGGGGCGUGAUGAAAUAUCCUUGUCUCGGGAUAAUUCCGCCAUUUAUCGAGGAGUUCAACUAUCCGAUGCCUACAAAUUGCUCUGCUGGGGACACUGGCAUCUUUGUAAACGGGAGGCAAUUACAUCAGCACGAUCUAAAAUUACUUGCAAGCCGAGGGCUACCUACUACAAGAAACCAGUUUUAUAUCAUCGACAUCUCCGGGAAGGUCAUCGAUGAAGACACCGACGAAGAGCUGUAUGACCUCGGAAAACUUGCCCCGACGGUUGUGAAGUCAGGACGCGGAUUUGGCAUGAGAGUUCCAAAAGGAAUGAUGGAUGCACCUCUCGAAUUAAGGAGGCAAGAUCAUUCAUGCUAAUGCGAAGAUAGAUCAUCCUUGCACGAGGUAAAUAUCGAUGAUUUUAUUAAAAAAUUAUAAAUAAUAUAUAAAUUUAGCUAGAGACUAGAGUAUCCAAAUUUUAUGAGAGUUGACGGGCCUCAACACCCUCCUCGGUCCAAACCUGGUUUCGACAUCCGAGUAUACUGAAAAUUUCAUGGGUAAGA